UAGACACAUCCAUCACAUUAGCAACCAUGGCACCAAUAUCCUUCUCCUCACCACCCGGUGACGACAUGUGGAAGGGCAACAUCAUUUCCGACCACAGCGUGAGAAACAACCAAUCCAUGCAACUCGAAAUCGACAACGCACCUGCCCUCUACGCUAUCGAGCCCGCCCCCCCGCACGCACCCGACUACUUUCCCAUGCUGCCUUCGGAUGACGGCUUCAACUCCAACGAUGAUAAUCCCGACCAAGAAUUCCAAGACCGUCCCGAAGAUGCCGACCCCCUUGUCGUCAAGGAGUUUCCCUACCACCACCUCACCUACACAUGCUAUCCCAUGCGCGCAACCGACUCUCUCCGUCGCAAUUUCUUAAAUUCCACUAGCAACGCGUUUCUUCGUCCCGGAACAAAAGAAGAUUUCCCCGACGGGUUGCGGUUGGUCUUCAUCAACUGGCUGAAGAAGUACGACGUCGAAUCCGGAACAGGCGUAUCCGUCGGUCUAUGGCGGACCAUCGGACCAGACCCCUUGUUGGUGGUCAUCAAGCGCAUCAAAGGCUACUCAUUAAAAACGCGCCGCGAAGAGGGGCCGCGGGUUCCGGACAUCGACGGCCCACCAGGCGAACUCAAGUUCAACAGCCUGCCAGACGAGACGAAGCGCACGCUCGAGUUUCGCUUCUUGUAUGAUCCGCACUUGACGUGCUUGCCGCAGACGCAUGCGUUCCAAUUAAAUGACUGGCCGCAGGAGGACGUGACGCAUUUUGGCAAGUUCUACAAUGGGGGUUCGGUGGCGGAGAUGAUUAUGAAGUUCAAGAAGAUAGGCAAAGCGGUUCCCGAGGCGUUGAUUUGGCAUGUGAUUGCGCAGGUCGGGAGGGCCUUCAAGUUUAUACAUACGGGACGGACGCACCCGGAUAAGACGCAGGAACGGGGGUCGGCGAGAGGACUGCCCGAGGAAGGAGAAAAAGAAAGGGAGUGGAUGGAAAAGGAGGAUGCCAGAGCGGCGAACUGGGUGCCGACGGCGCAUUUUGAUGCGCAUGCGGUCAAUGUUUGGAUGCAUUGGGUGACGCAGUACGAGAGGGAGAAUGAUCGCGACAAGUGCCUGGAGCACUUUGACGAGGACUUUCCGCAGGUCAUCCUGGGGGAUUUUGGGCUGGCGAUGAACGGGCUGAGUAGAAUUGGUAGCCAUAAUCUCAGGAUCAACGAGUGUCCGGAUUUGCCGGGUAAGGAGACCUGGAAGGACAAGGCCGAGCUUGGCCUGAUGCUGCAUCAUUUGCUCCUGGCCGGCGUUCAGGAGGUGCCUCGGUUCACGUCAAAGAAACUUCCGGAGGACUGGUAUACAAAGCAUAAUGAGUGGCUGUAUGCAAACUACUCCAAGACGCUGAUUGAUGUGGUCAAGCGGUUUAGUAAAGUGGCGCACAUGAGCGACCGGCACCGUCUGGGGUGGAAGACUUUCGGGGGGAUGUCUUUCGGGGCGAUGGUGGAGCAGGAAUAUAAAAAGGGGAAGGACGGAUUUUCUUCCAAUCUUACGCCGUGUGAUGAAUGGUUCCACCACACCAUGAUCGAUCUGGCCGAUAAAGAGGUGGACGAGCGGCGUAGGUUCCGGAAUGGCGUCGAGAGCGUGAGGUGGGCGACAGGGCAGCGCAUGAGCACGAUGCCGUAUCAGGUCCCAAAUAGGACCAAGUAUAGCCAAAAGCUCUUUCAUCCCCACGUUCGCGGAGGAGUGCUCCCUGUUCCGCUGGACGGGAGAGAGACACUGCGCAGCAAAGCAAGGACUCUCUACAACCGCAAACUGCGGCGACCUGUCAUCGCGGCCUUCUACCGUCACCCGCCUGACCCGGCUGACUGUGUGGAUAAGGACAAGCUCUGGGUGACCAGGACGUACCGGAUGGAACGAAUCCGGUACCGCAAACCCCGAGCCAUCAGAAUCGAAACCAGUCUCAAGGGGGAUCCGGGAAGCAAACAGAGAAAGUUUACGCCGCCGCCGACUCCUGGGGAGGUGAACCAGAUAAAGUCGAGUAUGUUUGGGCCGUCUUCGUGGAAUUCACGGGUGCUGCAGUGGGACAGGGAGGGAGAGGGGAAUGGGGAUGAAAGUCCGGGGAUGGAGGAUUGGAGCCUCUUUGGAGUGAACGAGAGCGGGAGUUAG